UCCUCAUUGAGAGGUUGGUCUUAAUAAAUGUCUUUGCUCUUAAGUCUUUGACCGAUGACCGUACUGCAAGGGACAUACACAGUCGCCUCAAGGAUAUAUUUCAAAAUCUGCAAGGAAAAACAGGAAACCGAAGUAAAUUCCUGUCUCCUUUCAUAACCCAUUGGGCACCCAACACGUAUCGCCGCACCAAGGCUGCGGCCACAUGCUAUGAUCUCAGUCCUCCAUUUAGAUCUUCAAAGCCUUCCCUGCCCUGGCUUUCCGCUUGCCAUUCGAACUUCUCACCCCACAACUCCCGUACACGGUGAAAAACACACACUGCGCUUUAUUGCCAUAUUCCUAGAAGGCAUAUAAUUUUCGACAGAACAACCCAUCAUUUCAUGCAGGAACUGCAACUUUUUUUUUUUUUUUUUUCAACAAACGAGGAACUGCAACUUUUUUCACUGCAGAAAAAAGUUCCGGAUUUUUUUCUUUUGAAUUUUGAUGCCAUCAUCAAUGUCUCAGAGCCGGGAGAAAUCCGGUCAGGAAACCUUGAACCCGUUCAAACCGUUCAUCGUUUCCAAUCAGCGCAACGAUUUCUUAACCACUUCCGUAAAAGGUGGCAUUUUGGCUUUCCUCUUCGUCUCCGCUGCGUUGCUUGUUUACUCGGUCUUCACAAGUCAACCUCCCUGGUUUAUCUGCCCCGAAUGCCCGAACCCGACUGACAACAUCUCCAGAACAGCCUGUAACACCGAGGAAGGCCCUAUUUCCAGCCCGACCAACAUAACCCACAUCGUGUUCGGCAUCGGCGGGUCGACCUCGACGUGGAACGAUCGGAGCCACUAUUCAGCGCUGUGGUGGCAGGAUAGCGUCACACGCGGGUUCGUUUGGUUAGAUAAGGAACCCGACGCGGACACACAGUGGCCCGAGAACUCCCCUCCGUAUCGGGUCUCCUCCGACUGGACCCGGUUCAGGUACACAAGCUCGCAAUCAGCAGUCAGGCUCUCCAGGAUCGUGGUGGAUUCUUUCCGGGUCGGGUUACCGGAUGUGAGGUGGUUCGUGAUGGGAGACGACGAUACGGUGUUUUUCCCGGACAACUUAGUUACGGUGUUAGCCAAGUACGAUCACCGUCAGAUGUAUUAUGUUGGUGGGAAUUCGGAGAGCGUAGAGCAAGACACCACUCAUUCCUAUGAUAUGGCUUUUGGUGGCGGAGGAAUUGCAAUAAGUUAUCCGUUAGCGGCGGAGUUGGUUAGAGUAAUGGACGGUUGUCUUGAUAGGUACUACAAUUUCUACGGCUCUGAUGAGCGGGUGUGGGCAUGUAUUAAAGAGCUAGGUGUCUCCCUCACUAGAGAGCGUGGGUUCCACCAGAUUGAUAUUCGAGGUGACCUAUUUGGUCUUCUGGCAGCACAUCCUAUGGUACCCCUUGUGUCGCUCCACCACCUUGACCAUGUGAAACCAUUGUUUCCAAAUCUGACGCAGCAUGAGUCGCUGGAAAACCUCAUCCAAGCAUACCAUAUGGACCCAGCCCAGAUAAUGCAGCAGUCAUUUUGCUACCAUGGGUGGUAUAAAUGGUCUGUGUCUAUCUCAUGGGGCUACGCUGCGCAGAUAUACCCUUCAUUAUUGAUAGCUGGAGACUUGGAGAAACCAUUGCAGACGUUCCGGACAUGGCGGAGUUGGAGCAAUGGACCCUUUAUUUUCAAUACACGUCCUGUGAAUCCUGACCCUUGUGAACGCCCGGCUGUAUAUUACAUAGAGGGGAUAGGCGAAGAUGGCAACGGUGGGACUCUCACUAGUUACAGGAGGUCCAUUGCUGAGCCUGAGAAUUGUAGGGGAGGACACCAGGGCCAUGCAGUGGGUAUUGAGAGAGUUCUCGUCUCAGCAUUGAAAAUGGACCAAAAAGAAUGGAAGAGCCCCCGUAGGCGAUGCUGUGAAAUCAAAAGCUCCAAGGACGGCACUCUAAAGGUGUUGAUUAGAAGAUGUAAUCAACAAGAGUCCAUUACCCCCUGAGGUUUUGGUCAUAGAAUACCCUUUUCUUUGUUUUUUUCCCCUGUCGUAUCGUAGCUUUCAAUAGAUGUUUAUCUUGAAAGCAAUUUAUUGGUGCUGGGGAUCGUGUAAAGUUGGCUCUCUAAUAAUUAAAUAGCGUAGAAGAUUGAAACUUUUUGUUACUUUGUGGUAACUAUUCAACAGAGUAAAAUGCAAGGUCUAGCCAUCCUUUUGAUUGGAUGAAAAAAAA